CGCGCUCAGGUGCACCAGGCGCUGCUCCACAGCUGCUCCCGCGCCGCCCCGGGAACGGGACUCGGCUGAGGUCGCGGCUUUCCCGCCCGCAGGCUCGGGGGCGGGGCGGCCCCAGCCACAUCCCCCGCGUCCCAUCCCCCACCCCCCACUCUCCAGUGCAGCCGGGCCUCCACAUCCUCCCGGCGUCUGUCCUUCCCGCGGUCCCCACGAGAGACAUGGCCGGGAGCAGUGAGAAGGCGCCAGACUCCGGGCGAGGCGUCGUGCUUUUGGACAACUGGCCAGGAUAUGACUUGGAUUUAUUCACGUACCCACAGCACUAUUAUGGCGACCUGGAGUGUGUGUUCAUCCCUCAUGGCAUCAUAGUGGACAGAAUUGAGCGGCUGGCUAAGGAUAUAAUGAAAGACAUAGGCUGCCAUGAUAUUCUGGUCCUGUGUGUGCUGAAAGGAGGUUACAAAUUCUGUGCUGAUCUGGUAGAACACCUUAAGAACAUCAGCCGAAAUUCAGAUCGAUUUGUCUCUAUGAAGGUUGACUUCAUCAGACUAAAAAGUUACAAAAAUGACCGGUCCAUGGGCGAGCUGCAGAUCAUAGGAGACGAGGAUCUCUCAACACUGACUGGAAAGAAUGUUCUCAUUGUUGAGGAUGUUGUUGGAACUGGGAGGACCAUGAAAGCGCUGCUCAGCAGCAUCGAGAAAUACAAGCCCAACAUGGUGAAGAUAGCCAGUUUGUUGGUAAAGAGAACAGCCAGAAGUGACAGCUUCAGACCUGACUAUGCUGGAUUUGAGAUCCCAGAUGUCUUUGUGGUGGGCUAUGCCUUAGACUACAAUGAAUACUUCCGAGACCUGAAUCACAUAUGUGUGAUCAACGAACACGGUAAAGAAAAAUACCGAAUAUGAUGAAGCAAAACUCCUCAGCGUCUCUUUCCCAGAUAAUAUGAUUCUUCUACUCAGGAAGCCAGAGUGUAAAGUCUGUCUCCAUGGCCCUCUUCACUCAGUAGCAUGUAAAAGAUUUUUUAAAAAUGAGUUCUUCUUUUCGGAUAUUAGAAUGUCAAUACCAACGGUUCUUCAGGAAAGAAGACUGUGCCUGCUUUUGACUCAUUCCACUUUGACCUUCUCAUACCCCAAAUCCCACCAUCCCACCCACCUUCAUGCUCCAGAACAUACCUGCGCUUUAGUACAGUCUCCUCUCAGGGGCUCUUCCUGGGAAAGCUCCCACCCGACUACUCAAAUAUUGUUCACUUAACUCCUCUAACGUUACAUGUCUUUAUAACAUUUUUACAGUAAUAAGAACCAGCAGCCCCCUUCGCUUUAGCCCUGAGCCUGUACGGUAAGAAUGCAGCUAAGUUCCCUCACUAAAACAGGAGCCAAAGGACAGCUUCCCGGGAGCGUAUGUCUGCCCGGCUGUGACAGGACGUUAUUAUUUGCUUUGACAAAACCUUUCAGGAGUGCGGGGACAAUGAACCUUAAUGAUGUUAUGAAAUGAGCCUUCACUCUGUGCUCGUGAGCUGAGCUUCCUGCAUGUGAUGACAGCAUGUCAUGUGUGCAUGGGUGGACUCGACUGUGUUUAAUACUCUGCAUUUUAAUUAGAAAAAACACAAUGGCAGCAAGGCCUGCCCCCCUGAGCUGAAUCCUUUUAUUCACGUGGGACAUGAGCAAAUGGCGGGAUUGAGAGGCGGAGGGUGUUUGCAAAAAUCAGCACUAAACAAGUGUGGAUUUUACUCUUAUUUGCAUGAAAGAAUAAAACAGUUAAAUAUUGUUUUAAUAAUGAACAAAGGUCGAAUUAUUUAACUCAAUGUCCUUAUAUGACUUCCCACACUACACAGGGUGCCAGAGGAAGCAAGCACACAUACAGAAGUUCUUGUGCAUAACACACACACACACACACACACACACACACACACACACACACACAUCUAUUAGCACCAUUAUAUGUGACACUUCCUAAUUUGUAAGGAUUUUAAUUAAAAGUAAGCUCAAAAGCCCACAGUUCUGGAUAUAUUGCCUCCUAAAAGGAGGAAAUGCAAAAUAAAAUAACUAAAUAGUCUUUGUUUGGUUCUGAACCGUCUACAGCAUAUUGCUACAUUGUAGAGUCCUUUAAACUAAUAAUAAAAAAGACAUGUUUCCCAACUGCUUUCAUAUGCUUUCAGUCAUUGAACUGUGUGUGAGCCAGCUGCCUAAAUGCAUGACUGUGUGUACCUAGCCCAUGGUCAGCCUGGAUUCAAUCCAAAACACGCACUCAGAUAAGCAAACGUCAAGCCAGGAGCCAUCUGCCACUUCCCUGUUGUCCUCUCUAAACCUGCUUUGUGAGGACAAGGAAUUCACGUGUGAAGGAAGAUUUCCUGUAUAUCUAUCCCCAUCUCAGUCAGAGAAGAAAACAGACCCUGCCCAGAUUCCCCAAGGGGGAAGCCACAAAGGGAGUCACUUCUGGCUUUGUUACGAAAGCACACUACUGAUUAAUAGUAGUGUAGAACUGAAUUCAUAAGACUCACAUUUUAUAUAUACUUUACCAUUA